AUGGAACUUAACCGUGAAGAUGUGCUAAUUCUGUUCGACGUAGAUGGAACGUUAACACCACCGCGCCAAUCCAUUACGGAGGAGAUGAAAAACUUCCUGUAUCAAACCGUGUUACCAAGGGCCACCCUAGGCGUGGUGGGUGGUUCCGAUUUGGAGAAAAUGUGCGAACAGCUCAAUGGGCAGGAAUUUCUACAAAAGUUCGAUUACGUCUUCCCGGAGAAUGGGCUGGUACAGUACGAGUCGGGAAAAGAGAUGGGCAAAAUGUCCAUCAGUCAGCAUCUUGGGGAGGAUGUGCUGAAGCGUUUUAUUAACUACUGUUUGCAUUACAUCGCUGAUCUAGAGCUACCGAUAAAGCGCGGUACCUUCAUCGAGUUCCGUAACGGUAUGCUGAACGUGUGUCCUAUCGGACGCAACUGUUCCAGGGAGGAGCGUAACCAGUUUUACGAGUACGACCAAACGCAUCACGUGCGUCAAACGAUGAUUGACCGGCUGAGGGAACAAUUUUCUGAAGUGGAUCUUACGUACAGUAUCGGCGGCCAGAUAAGCUUCGAUGUGUAUCCGGUCGGAUGGGAUAAAACGUUCUGUUUGCGUCACAUUGCCAAGCGUACGAAACCGUUCCGGGAGAUUCAUUUCUUCGGUGAUAAAACUAGUCCGGGUGGAAAUGAUUAUGAAAUCUUUACCCAUCCGCAAACGAUCGGACAUCAGGUGGUGUCGCCGGAAGACACUAUGAAGCAGUUGGCCGAAUUGUUGAAAAUUGUAAAUUAA